AUGCUGCCUUACCUGUUCCCUGAGCUGUCCACCUUUGCUACCGUCGCAGAUCUUAUCACCCACCUUCGCACUAGUGACGCUCGCCUGCGUGCCGCCCUUCCCACCGAGUUCUGCGCUAAGAACCCCCCUCCACUGUACUGGACACUCCACUUUAUAGUCACCCGUCUCCCUGACACCCUUAGCUCAGUGCGCGACCAUUUCCUUGCUCGCUGUCCCACUGAGCUCACUGUCGCCCUCCUAGAGGAGAAACUGCUAGCAGCCGAGAAGAGCAUUGUAGCUGUAGGUGCUGCUCGUGGCGCUCCUCGCACCCCCAUCUUUGAGGGGUGUUCUCCCUCUCCCCUCGCUCCCUCCUACGCUACUGCUGCUGCUGUUGACUUCCUUGGUGCUGAGUCUGCUGGCGCUGCUUCUGCUCCUGGUGGGAGGCGCCGCACCGGCAAGGGCAAGGGGGGCAAGGGUGGCGGGGGUGGCGCUGGGGGGGGAGGAGGUGGGGGAGGUGGGGGGGGAGGCGGUGCUGGAGGGAGCGGUGGCGGGAGUGCUGGUGGGAGUGGGGUCGGCGGUGGAGGCGGCGGUGGUGGCGGUGGUGGCGGUGGUGGCGGUGGUGGCGGUGGUGGCGGUGGCGGCGGUGGCGGCGGUGGCGGUGGUGGCGGUGGCGCUUCGUGA